AGAGCAGCACCGCCCAUUUCAACUUGUUCACACAUUUUGCUCCAAACGAUGGACAGGCUACCUCCCCUGUUUUCUUACUACUGUAUAUAAAGCUUGGUCGUCCUGAAUACACAGCAAUACACCUCUCAGUGCUCUUUUCUUGAUCUCAUCUUAUCCCGGCUCCUUCAUUCUUACAACAGCAGGGCUGUCAUCGGCAUGCAGCUGGCGCUACAAGCGCGUGGCUUGAGCAAUCUACAGGAGAACUAAGCAGAUACAGAAGACAGUGCUGUACGUACAUGGUUCCUGCCAUGGCGUAGAUGGUGUGUUCAGCCCUUGUUUAGGUGGCCGUCUGCAGAGCAUGCAGAUACACUUAUGGCGCUUCCUUCAGCUGUCGUUGAGGAAGGUGUGAACAAAGUGUUCUCAUACAUCUCAACCAAGUUUGACGACAAGGCGUUGACAGCAGACACCAUCGCAAGGAUCGAGAUUGCACUAUCUCAGUUAGAUUUUGUCCUUGAGAAGACUGGAAAGAUAGCAAUCACAUAUGUCUCCUUGCUACGUAGAUGGAAGAUUUUCAAGCGAGUCCAUAUGGAAGGGAUGGACCUGCUCAACAAGUACAAGCUGCACGAGCCCGAAGUGACCGGGCAAGCGGUUGUAAGGAGUUCCUCCUACCUGCAAAGAAUUGCUAACAGAGCUGCAAAUUUGUCCAUCUCCUCUCUUGUUGGCUUGAGCAAGGAGCCCUUGAGUUUCUCUGUUGCCACAACAUUUGAGAGAUAUGCAGAUUGGGCUGAAAAGUUUGUAGCAGAGGUGGAGUCAAGCUGCCCGCUCCGGCAUGUCACCUUCCGCUAUCCAUUUCUCAGGCAUCUGUUUGAAGGGAAAACUCUCGUGUGUAAGAUGGUAAAGAAUCCAAGCCAAUCACUCAGAUUCUACCUACAUCCCGUUAUUGUAGAAGGGCGUGGCGUAGAGGUCAAGCUAGUUUAUGUAUAUGAGGAUUGCAGGACGCUUGAGAAAUACUUCUAUGUUUCCAUGAACCUCAGAAUCUCGGAGGACACGGACAUAAUUGGGAUCAUUAUUAAGUGCAUGCAGUGGUUGACAGCUAAGUUCAAGCUUGCAGUUGAAUCUGCAAUAGGAGAGCUCAAGCUGCUGCCUAGUUUGCAAGAUAUUUUCCAUUCGUCAGUUCCUCCACCGAGUUUCAUGAUAGAAGAAAAACAUGGCUUUUAUUCAAAAUUCUUCCGCCCUGAUCCAAUAUGUUGCAAAGGAAAUAGCCACGGAACUCUAGCUAGCAAGUCGUCAAUGGAGAUUCCAGAGCCAGUUAUUGAGAUCUAUUUUAGUUGCUAUAUGUCAGCGCCUGAAAAGAGCUUGCGUAACGCACCUCUGUCUCUGACAGGUCUUUUUGCGCCUCACUUUCCUCGAAGCAACGGGGAUAUUUGUAUUCAGUAUGCAGGCAAAGAGGAAACUAGAAACGGUGGCAGUGUGCAACAACUGGAGCAGAUAGCAAGAUCAGAUGCCCUCGAUUAUUUGGUCCAUGAACCAGAACCCACGGAUUAUGCUCUGAUUUGGUUCUCUCCACAUGGUGUAGCAUUGGUUAUUCUGAGGAGAGAGGCCAUGCCAAGACCCGGUCGGAGGGUUUCCAAGAGAAAGCGGUAAAAGUUCAAAGGGAGCGAGCUUGUUCGCUGGUCUUAUAAAUCAUACUUUUUAUGUCAGUCAAUAGUGUUUUUUCUCUGCAAUAAAUCAGCGAACAAUAUUUUUAGUCAUGACUUUUUCGAUCAGCGAACUAGUACCUUGGUACUUCAAUUUUAAGGCCCUGUAACAUAUAUACAAUGUUAUAUAAAAUUUGUCAUGGCCCGCGCUUGGGAAAAUAUUGUCUGACAAAUGAAAGCGUAUUUUGUCAUGCCUCCCGGUGCUCUGUUCUGUUCUUCAUCUCAAUAUCCCGGCCUACUAUUCCUUGAAUAGUAAGGGCGGUAGCAGGUACAAGACACGGAUGAGACUACUCUGCAGAUCGGUUCCCAUCUGCGUCGUCGUCUGCAUUUCCUAGGGCUUUCGGUGAGCUGGGCAGAAGGAAAAGAGGCUCCUAGCUAAACUUGUCUCGCCCUGCUUCAAAACUACAGGGCGUGCGCUAUGGCUUUUGACCUAACUCCGUUUGCUGGAAUCAGAAUAGUUGAGAACAAAGUGGCGAACGGGUGUGUAACGCGUGGGAAUCUGCCGAACAGUUCGGGCCAAAUCCUAAAGAAA